CCACACACACACGUAUUUAGACACAAAAAACCCACCCUACAUACGAUGCAUAGAUCAUUAAUAACACGAAUAAUACGACCCAACAAAUGCCCGUUUUCAACUGUACAACAUCAUUCCAGAUCUAAUAUUCCGUGCCAAACUCACCUUCGUCGUUAUACUGUAAAUGCACCUUCUCCGCUACCAACAACGACCACCACCACCGCGACGACCUCUAGAGAACCCACAAUCAAUGCAUACCGAGAACGGCUCAAUAAAGGCGGUGACGAUGUGUGGAAUCGCUAUCAGCAAAUUGCAAAACUCGGCAUUGCCAGUCAACUUAAUCGCCAAGAUUUUGUCCAACUACGAACGAAUUUAUGGAACAGCAAACACAAAUGGGGCGCGGAAGACCGGGUUCUGCAAGUAUUGAACGACAUGAAGCGACUGGGUUAUGAAUGGAGCAUUUUGGAAUACAAUGAAUAUUUCAUGGUCAAGCUAUACCAAGCGCGACAUCAAGAUAUUCUCGAUACAUUCAAUGGCGAGUUCCAGGCGAGCAAGCUGCGGUUGAGUGUUGGAUCGUUCAAUGUGUUGUUGGCCGCGUAUCUACAACUCAACAUGGAAAAAGAGGCGAUCCAGCUUAUUCGCGAAGCACACCGUUUGUGGGGUCUGCAUCCGGAUAUUCGUGAUUUCCAGCGCACGAUGCAUCGAUGCAUGCCGCGCAACUCGACGAUCGGCAAGAAGGCGCGCGAAUUAAUCAGUCUGCACGGAUUCGAUAAUGUGGAAACCAUGAAAAGCAAUUUGGCUCACUUGUUCCGAAAACGCAUGCUGGGCGAUAUACGGUGGCUUUAUGCGAAUGCCAUCAAGCCUAAAUUAUCCAGCCACUCUUUUUCUUCUUCUUCCACUACCUCAGAUGCGUCGGCGGCGGCGGCAGUCGUCGUCGACAAGAACGUGUUGGUUUAUCAGCUGCUCAUCAAAGGGUUUUUGGAUGGCAAGUCGCCGCGUGACGCCUCGAGUAUCUAUGACGAUAUGCGCCAGGCCGGAUACAAGCCGAAUGGGGGUAUUUGCGUCAGCAUGCUCACCAUCUAUGCUGCAAAACGUGAUGUUGCGGGAGCAGAACAAAUUGUGAAUGACACUGUGGAAAGCGGAUAUCCAUUGGACGAACUGAUUUACAACCAGCUGAUCCGGGUGUACCUCAAGUCGCGGAUGGCGAACAGAGCGUUCCAUGUAUUUGAUUUUAUCCAACGAGACCCGAAGCUCAAGGUGAACGAUGUGAUUCUCAAUACGAUGAUCGACGGGUUGGUGAUCAACAAGGAGCUGGCAGCAGCCAAGGCACUGUAUCAGCAGAUGCUCGAAUCGCGCAUCCAACCCGACAUGGUGACGUUCAAUACGUUGCUGAAGGGAUUCAUUCUCGUAUCCGAUUAUCCCGCUGCGCUGGAGGUGAUUUCCGACAUGUACAAAUACAAAUGCGAACCGGACACAGUGACGUUUACGACGCUCCUCGACGGCAUAUUCGCCAACAAGCAGCCGCGGUCGGCGGAAGAGAUGCUGGACUAUCUCCACCGAACGGGAAUGCAGCCCAACAUUUACACGUUCAAUGCAGUGAUUAGCAAAUUUAUCCAAAACCAACAGCUGAGCGAGGCGGAGCGCACCAUUGAGCUCAUGCGCAAGGCGCCCUAUAACCUCAAGCCGACGAUCCACACGUAUACCAACUUGAUCCAAGGAUACGUUGCCACCAACGAUCUCACCAAGGCCAUGUGGACGUUCCAGAAUAUACUCAAGAACAGUGACAUGCGGCCGGAUCGGGCGUCGUACCACUUUAUUAUCUGUGCGUUUCUCAACCACGACCGGCUGGAUGACGCGAUAACGUGCCUGUUGCGGAUGCGCAAGGAAAAGUGCACGCCGACCAAGGACACGUGGGGGAUUAUGCUGGACGAAUGUAUCCGCAGGCGCGACUGGGCUUCGGGAGCAGUGGUAGUGCGAGAGUUAGAGGCAAGUGGAUUUGCAAUCCAGUCAGGCACACUGCGACGAGCGUAUGCGACAAUAAAAGACCGUACUGCGUAGUUGGAAACAAG